AUGAAUGAUCCAUUCGCUGAUCUUCUGUCUUCCUUCAAGGGUGGCAGUACAGAUACGAGUUCCGAUGAUCUCGGCAAGAAAAAUGUGUCAUUGAAGGCAGAAACGCCAGUAAUUAAGGCUACGAAUGGUAAUGUCGUUGAUGACUUUGACUACCUAUUUGGAGGCACUCAGAAAAAGGCUGCGCCACAACAGCAAACUAAGGAUGACUUCGAUGCUGCAUUUGAUGUGUUUAAUACUCCUGUUUCAUCUGGAACGCCUGAGCCUCUUGCGGAAGUGAAACAACCCUCGACGCCGAAUGUGGAGCCGGCUGAAGCUGCUAAUGAGGUAGUGGACGAGGUGAAAGACAUGGAAAUCGCCCGAUUGAUGUCUCUGGGACUGUCAUGGAGAAAGGCUAGUCACUACUAUGAGCAAGGGACCACGUAUGAGCACAUUUUAGAGCGUCGGCAGGAAUUGCAUCGUCGCUCGAAGGAGAGCAACGAAUCGACAAGCGCACAAUACAAGGUCAAUCGAUCUGAUCCUGCAGCUGGUGAUUCAGAUCUCUUUUCAAUGGCAUCAUCAUGGAUCAGCAAGGGGCGUGAGUUUAUAGACUCAAAGCUUAAGCAAGUUCAGGAAGAUACUUCGUCCCAAUCGUUUUCUGACUAUCUAGCUGCACGCCAAGGGCCCCGUGGGCAAUUUGCUCGCAUGAGCGAGGACUUCCAGCGCUCAAAAAGCGACGAGGGGAAGUUAGGUUCGUUCACUGCUAGAUUUAAGGAUAUUGAUUUGUUGGGCGACGACGUGAAUACGUCGAAUGCAUCGCAGGCCAACCAGACUGUACCGACCGCUUUAUCUAGUGAUAAUCGUGAUCAAGAAAACUCUAUAAAUCCCCCUAAGCACUUUGAUACGCCUGUAUUAGAUGUCGCUCCUUCUCAUUCUGUAGAAGCCUCCCCGGAGUCCAAGGAUGCAAACCAGGAUUUACUCAUAGAUUUCGAUACAUCAGAAUACUCUGCAUCAGCAAAACCUACUACAAAUAUUAAGAGGGUUGUCAUUUCCGAGCUCGAGCUACAUGGGUAUCGUGAAUUCAACGCCAAGGGUACUAAGGCCUUCACCGAGGGCGAUUAUUCAACUGCAUUCGAAAAUUACACCAAAUCAUUAAACACCCUUCCUAUUAAGCAUCCGCUUCGUCUGAUAGCUUUGUCAAAUAUAAUCAUAACACAACUCAAACUCGGAGAGAAUAAAGAAGCACUUAAGAAUGUUGACAUGGCAUUCGGAUUUGUUCAAGAGGAUGCUCUAGAUUCCCUCAUUCAAGAUUCAUCGCCUCCCAAGAAAUUUAGUGAUUUCUGGUCAAAAAUCAUGUUAAGAAAAGCGGAGGCCUUAGAGCACGUAGAGGACUAUGAGAAAGCGCUGGAUUCAUAUCAACGCCUUAUCGAAAAAGGUGUUGUUUCGCCUAAGAUAAUGCAGGGCAAAAGACGCUGUCAGAAAGUUGUUAAUCCAGAGAAAUUCAAACCUAUCAAGACAAACAAUACCAAGAAAGAAAACUCGAACUUUUCUAAAAAUACGGAUCAAUCACACGAUAAUGUGGUGGACAGUAAGCCAUCUGCUAAGCUUGCCCAUGUAAAGAGAAUCAAUAAGAAAAAGGAGGAGGAGGAUGCCCAAAAGUUUAAACUUCAUGAUACGGUAGAUCUCCGUAUCCGACAAUGGUCUCAAGGGUACGAGUCUGAUCUCCGCCAACUGUUGGCUCGACUAUCUCAGGUUUUAGAUUGGUGUAACUGGAGGGAAGUAAGUACUGCUGAUCUAGUUAUUCCUAAGAAGGCUAAAAUAGUUUACCUGAAGGCCGUAUCAAAAACCCACCCAGAUAAAAUACAGGAUUCUUGGCCUUUGGAGCAAAAGAUGAUUGCUGAGAAUGUUUUUGUAGUGCUUAAUCGGGCUUGGGAACUCUUUAAAGAAGAGAAUGGUUUGAGUUGA